AUGUCGACUUUGGUGAAUGUAAAAGAUGGAAUUCAAUCAAUCUCCUCGAUUUUCUCAUUUUUCACCAAUUCUUUGGCGAUUUUUCUGAUCUUCACAAAAUCUCCAUCAAAGAUGGGUGCCUAUAAAUAUUUGAUGAUUUAUUUUGCAUUGGUUUCAAUUGUGUUUUCAAUGUUCGAAUUUUCAGUAAAGCCGGUAAGUCUUCAAAAAAAAAAUAGGAAAAGUAUUUUUUAUAAUUUUCAUUUCAGUUUAUGCAUACACAUCAAUCUUGUCUCAUUGUUUUUGCGAAGCGUUUGGAAGGAUUUUCGGAGAAUACAAAUUUGCUGAUUUUAUGUGAGUUGUUUUUUUUGUUGAAAAUUCAAAACUUUUAAAUGAUAAAUUAAUUUUCUAGGCGCUGCUUGUGGAACAGUUUCAGUAACAAUUUCAAUUUUCGCAAUUCAUUUCAUUUUUCGAUAUUUUGCAAUUGAACGAAAAGGAAAACUUGCAUAUUUUCAAGGUUUCUACUUGAUUUUCUGGAUCAUAGUUCCAUUGAUAAGCGGACUGAUUUGGCUAAUUUCAAUUCGAGUUUUGUUGGGACCAAAUGAAACAACAAGCAAUUUUAUAAGGCAAAAAAUAUUGGAAACUUAUGGAUUUGACAUGUCUGAAAUUGUAUACGUGGCAGCUUUUUAUGGAACUCAAAAUGAUUUGAAAUAUAAUGUUAUUGCUGGGAUGGUCUCACUUUUUUUGAAUUUGGUGAAUUUUUGUAAAAUGUUUGAGCAUGACUGACUAAGGCUGAAUAUCUUUUGAAUUUAGAGCUUCGAAGUUUCAAAAUAAAAUCUGAAAAUAGUUUCAGCCUAAUAUUUUAAAAGGAAUUUUCAAUUCAAAUUUUUCCAGACAUUUUCAAUUGGUAUUGUAUUAUUCUGCGGUUUCAAAAUAUUUCGAAAAGUCAAAUUGUUGGAUAAAAUCGAAGGCGAAUCCAAAUACACAAAACGGUUGCAAAAACAAUUGGCUCGAGCUCUCGUUAUUCAGGUGAACAAUUCAAGAAAAUACUGGUCUAUAAAUAUCUCUAAUAUUUUCAGACACUUCUCCCAAUUUGCCUAGUUAUAAUUCCUCUUGCCACAGUAUUUAUUCUCCCAAUUUUCGACAUUGGUUUGAAUGGUUUCACAGAAAUUGUCAAUUUAUCCACUGCAAUAUAUCCAGCCGUCGAUCCACUUCCAACUAUUUUAAUCGUUGAUAAUUAUCGAAAAUCACUCGGAAAUUGUUUAUUUUUUGCAGUGAAAUCUCGAAAAAUUCAACAAAUUCCUGAAUAA